UUUGCUCCCACGAGUAGUGCACGUGCGAAGGCGUCGGAGUUCGUCUCUCCGCGGUCAAAACCUCUGUCCGAACCCGCACCCAAAUCUCUCUACUGUUUCCAGCAACUCUCUCUCUCUGAAAAAUUCUCCAUUAAAAUUCUCUCAAAACCCUUCCCCCUUCGAUCUCAGAAUCCUACGUCAUUGCUUCCGUCCCUCUCUUUCUUCAGAUUCCGAACUGCCGCUGAUCUGCUGACCUCGCAGUUACAGAAGCUGAUGCAAGCCCCAGAUCGGCGGCUGGCUCGCCAUUUCUAGGGUUUGAUCUCUUACUUCUUUGGCCAUUUCUCGAAUCCCGUCUCUUGUGGAAACCGUUACAAUCUUCAAGAACCAGUUGGGUCGAGCUCUCUUUUCUGAGUAAUUAUUGAUCCGUUUCUUUUUUUUUCUUUUUUUCUUCUUUUUUCGAUAUGAAAUAUAGUUCUUGAUUUACCUUUGGUCAGUCUUCUCGAAUUGGAAAAAAAAAAGCUCCGCCAAUCUUUUCCUGGGCCUGGUAGAUUUAGCAGAUUUUCUUAACUCCUUUUUUAGUGUCACUAGCAUGUUUUGAUCUUUCGAGCUGGAUUGGAGGAGAUUCGAUGAGAAUUUUAGUGGGAUCUUGAUGAGCGUGGUACCGUUAAAAGGAAUAAAAAUGGAGGAAAUUAGUGGCAAAGUAGACUUACACGGGAAGUUUUUGAGACCGAACUCAAAUCUGUCGCCAUUGAGCUUGAAAACCUCACUAUCAGGUAAAUCAAGCCCUAGGAACUCGCCUGCGUAUCGAAGACUGGGUUCGAGUGGGACUCCAAGAAGGAAUUUCAGAGGCAGUACAGGGAAAUUCGUUUGGAUUCGAAAUAAUCGAGUAGUGUUCUGGUUGAUGUUGAUACUUAUUUGGGCAUAUAUUGGAUUCCAUGUGCAAUCACAAUGGGCUCAUGGAGAUCACAAGACUGAGUUUAUUGGUUAUAGAAGCUUACGGCGUAGUGUUAAGACAGAAGAGAAUGCAAUUAAAGGGGCUAAUAAUACUAAUGCCCCGGGAAAAGCACGUUUAUCAGUGGAAGGGAAGAAAGGUUUGGACUCAAACUCUGGUAUCAAUUUGAUGAAGAAAGGGAGGAAAGUCCGGAGAUUGAGGAGAGGCCCGGUGAAGGUAAAGGAAGUGGUAGGGGAGAAUCAAACUAGGUAUAUGGAUGAAGGGAUGAUACCUAGAAAGAAUACUUCAUACGGGUUAAUUGUUGGGCCAUUUAGUCAGACGGAGGAUAGCGUUCUUGGUUCGAGCUCGGGGAAAAAGAGUGGAAAUUGCAAUAGAAAGGCAGAGUUUGCACGCCUUGUUUCGUCAAAGAAAUUUGUUUUGGUCUUUCAUGAGCUGUCUAUGACAGGAGCACCGUUGUCAAUGUUGGAAUUAGGUGCUGAGAUUUUGAGCUGUGAUGGGCUUGUGUAUGCUAUUGUUCUAAGCUGGAAGGGCGGAUUGAUGGGCGAGCUUAAGAAAAGAGGGAUCAAAGUUCUCCGCCAUGAUAGGGGAAGUGCCGAGUUUCAAGUUUGCCCAAGAAAAGCUGACCACAUCAUCGAGCAGGAUCGGCUAGAUGACCUAAAGUCGGCUGUCUGCUCUUCCUGGAUUCAACCAUAUUUGGAUCAUUUUCCAGCUGGAUCAGGUCAUAUUGUUUGGUGGAUUAUGGAGAAUAGACGAGAAUAUUUUGACCGCUCAAGCAUUUUUGUCUGAAGCCGGUGUGAAUGAUGCUGGCUUCUGUCAGAUUCUCAGUCUAAACAGUGGUUAACUUGGUGUGAAGAAGAGAAGAUUAAAUUUUUAAUACCGCCACAGCUAGUGCCUUUAUCUGUUAAUGAUGAACUGGCCUUUAUAGCCGGCCUACCAUGCUCCCUUAAUACUCGUGCAUUAAGUGUUGAAAUGAUGAUGGAAAAGAGGGACUCAUUGAGAAGUGCUGUCCGCAAAGAAAUGGGAUUGACAGAUAAUGAUAUGCUUGUUAUGUCAUUAAGCAGUAUAAACCCAGGAAAGGGCCAGCUUUUGCUUCUUGAAGCAGCAUUUUUAGUGACUGAGCAUAAUGUUUUUCUAGAGGAUCCUAAAAGGUAUGAGUUAAUGGAAGAGGAUAAAUUGCCUGGAGUUGCUCAUCAAAAUCAAUCUAUCAACCAGACCGACAAACCAGCAGAUGGUCUCGAGAAAAGUAAUUCUACACGCGUGAAUUCUAAGAAAAAGAAGAAGACGAAACAGCAUAUUAAGACGCCAACGGACGGAGAACAGCGACAACCAAGAAACUUGUUGUCAGAAGUAGCAGGCCAGCAGGCAGAAACCCUCAAAGUUUUAAUUGGUUCUAUUGGAUCGAAAAGCAAUAAAGAGCUUUAUCUCAAAGAAAUUCUUGAAUUUCUGUCUCUGCAUUCAAACUCUUCAAAGGCGGUACUUUGGACACCAGCAACUGCAUGUGUUGCUGCCCUGUAUGCUGCUGCAGAUGUUUAUGUAAUAAAUGCCCAGGGGAUUGGAGAAACGUUUGGGAGGGUUACAGUUGAAGCUAUGGCAUUUGGCCUACCGGUCCUCGGGACCGAUGCUGGAGGCACUCGGGAGAUUGUAGAUCACAAAGUAACGGGCCUUCUACAUCCCAUUGGACAUGAAGGAACCAAGACUCUUGCCCAGCACAUCCAGUAUUUACUUAACAACCCAUCGGCAAGGAAAAAGAUGGGAAAGAAUGGAAGGAAUAAAGUGCAGGAGAAGUACUUGAAGCAUCACACUUAUGAGAGCUUCGCUAAGGUCCUCUUCAAGAGCAUGAGGCCCAGAUAGAUGGCAUUUUUUGCACUAAAAUUUUCGGGCUGUUUUAGGUUUGAGAUUGAGCAAAUUUUGAGCUGCGUGGCAUUGAAUUCAAAGACAUUCAUUGUAGCUGCAUCUGGUCCUUUAACUAUACCCGAAGAGGUGUUGUGGAA